AUGCAACUUCAUUUUAAAGUACUUUUCUUUGUAGUGGUUUUGCAACAGCUUUGCGGGUAUCCACAACGUGCCGCUUCUCAAGCUGAUGUUCAUAUCGUCAAUGUAAGUCUUAUGACUUUUGGAUGGCCACAAGAAGAUGCACAGUUAACCGCACUCAAUAAAGUUGUUGGCUCUGCUGUUUGUCCACUUUUCUCCGGUGGUAAUGUUUCUAGUGACAUGAGUGUGGGUUUUUGCAGGGCCUUCCUUAGGUCAGUUGCACUGGAUCGCCUAGCCUUACAGGCGCAAGCGGAUACCUCAUCUUUUGCAGAUUCUCUGCAAGCGAGUCGUGCAGCUCUCGCGUGGGUGGAGGGUAACACUUCCGAGUUACUUGAAACAGUCACAACAGCAGUUUCGGAGGCGUUGAGUACGAAAUUAGUGGUGCCAACACAGUUGGGUGGUACGUAUAUAGUGCCAUGUCGUGGUACCAACAGUACCAGGGAAGUUCUGCCGCUUUGUUCAUCAUCUAAUAAUUGUAUGGCUUCUAUUGUGGUGGAGGGACUACAGGAGAGUGUGACAGAUAUAUUUUGUAGCUACGUACCGACUCCGUGCGGAGAUCAUGUGGUAUCAGGUGCAUUUUCAGACGACACGAUAAUGAUUAACAUUACGAAUGUAAAAAAUGCACUUGAAAUAGUGCUUCAGUUCACAGAAACAGUACGUGACUUAUCUGUGCAUGCCACUCGUGUUGAACUCUACUCACAAGGACGCUUGGCGCAACUGUACGCGAAAAAUGAAAACCAACUGUAUGCUACAACUAUCAAAAGUAUACCUCAUUGUGAUCCUACGACUGGACUUUGGAUGUUUUCACUGAUUGGUAUUGUCUUUAUCUUACUUAUCUUGUCUCGCUACGUCUGGUGGCGGGGUCGCCACACUGCAAAAAAGAAGGAGCGAAGAAUUAUUAUUGAGGAGGAAAUGCGAGCUCAAGGUGUUGACCCAUCUCUUUCCAAUGCAGGAAAUAGAUAUAGUCAAUAUGUCAUGGGAGACGGAAGCGAAUAUGCGCAGAAUUAUUUUACACAGGGACAGGAACAGCAAUACUAUGAAGGUUAUGACCAAGGAGAGGGAGAAGCAGGAGGAGAAGGAGAAGCAGAAGCAGAAGCAGAAGCGGCACCCAAUGAAUAUGAAUACACACAAGAAAAUAAUGAUAUGAAGCAGGAUGUCCAGCAGCAAUAUGAGGGAUAUGAUCAGAUGAAUACACUCAAUGGAUACGGUGAUAUGAAGGAACAGUAUUCCGCUGGGCAAGGUGAAGAAGAAGAAUAUGAGGGUUAUGAUCAAGGAGAAGGAGGAGCAACAACAUCUCAAGAAGUUGAUGGGUAUGGGUACACACAAGAGGAUAAUGCUAAUGAACAGUACGAGGAACAAGAAUAUGGGGGAGAUGAACAAGGAAUGUAUGAUGACGCUGAGUACGCAGCUGAUGCUGACGAAUUCGUAGAUCCCGGCGACGUAGCAAUAGAGGGCGAUGAAGCUGCAUAUGUUGAAGAUAACGAAAAUGAGGUAAAUUCUCUGGGUGAAAAUAGCGUUGACAAUCAACAUGUUUCGUCAUAG